CGGAAGUGGUUGCUUCUGCCUGUGGCUCCGUGCGGCGCGUUUGACAUUUUCAGCUCAUCAUGCAUACCUUGCAUGCUCUUCUUUACCACUAAACCGCAUUUGUCGCUCACGGAAUACUACACUCAACAGGCAGGUUAGCAGCAUCAAGCAGACCAUAGAGUAUAGAGAAGCAUCAUCAUCAUCAAUGGUGUGUCUACAACUAGCAGCCGGCACAUUUUCCCGUGUACGCUCAAUGAACUAUCUCCACAGCUCACAUCACGGCUGCAUAUGUAUGGCGUUUGUGAAGCUUGGAGGGGAGUUUUGCCAGGCACAGCACCUACUGCUCAUUGUGGACAAGUGAACAAGAGAGCGAGAUACCACUGCCACUGUUGUCGAGAGGCGUUUAUUGACAUCCUAUUGGACCCUUAUGAGGAAGAUUCACCUUUCAAUCUCUUGCUUGUUCUGUGGAGUAGAGAAGGCUUUCCUUUCAUUCUGGGAGUGUCCUGUUCACUCUCUGCUCCAAUCUUUACUAAUCAGGAGAAAUUAAUAUCCUGUCUUUGCCUUUUUUUGUUGACAUUGACAGUUUUAAAUCCAACCCCAAAGCCAGAUUUUUGCUGUUGCCAAGUAAUCUUUUUCACCUCAGUCGAAUCUGAAAUUCCCCUUUUUUCUAUCAAAUAUUGUAAAUUAAGUGCCCCUUUUUGUGAGUGAAAAUAUAGUAUUACUGGCUGUGACAACCUUUAGAAAAGCACACAAGAGUUUAUCUUUUUCUUGUCAAAAUGAAUCGACCAGCCCCAGUGGAGAUUUCUUAUGAUUGCCUGAGAUUUCUCAUUACACACAACCCCACCAAUCAACAACUGGGAAAGUUCAUUGAAGAUCUUAAAAACUUUGGUGUGAACACACUUGUCAGAGUGUGUACUGCUACCUAUGAUAAAGCGCCAUUGGAACAGGAAGGCAUACAAGUCGUUGAUUGGCCAUUUGAUGAUGGCUCUGCCCCACCAGAGCAAGUGGUGGAUGAUUGGCUCCAUCUGCUGCAGACCAAAUUUAGAGAGGAGCCUGGAUCCUGUGUGGCUGUCCACUGUGUAGCAGGGCUCGGACGUGCUCCAGUUCUGGUGGCUUUGGCCUUAAUUGAGUGUGGGAUGGAAUAUGAGGAUGCAGUGCACUUCAUUAGACUGAAGCGCCGUGGAGCUUUCAAUGCGAAACAGCUCUUGUACCUGGAGAACUACAAGCCUAAACUGUGUUUGCGCUCCAAGGAUGGUAAUGGACAGAGCUGCUGCAUACAGUAGGAACUAUGAUAUAUGCAGCACAUGUGAUGAAAGCUAAGUGUGUAGGAUUUAAAAGAGUUCAUAGUUUUAAUUGGAAACAUUUAUGCAAGAAGCAAAAACAAAGUGUAUACGUUAUUAUUAUAAUUAUCCCCAAUUGAAGAGAGUCCUUGUCCUCUUUUAUUGAAUAUGUAGCAUACAGUCACAAAUAAUUCACUGUGACACUGUAAACGAUUCCUCGUUUUCUGAUCUAAGUUUCAGAGGUUUCCUCGUACAGAGUAGUGCAAUUGUAUUCCUUAAUUGCAACAUUUUGUUAUGCAGUCAAAAAUCAGCACAAUUCGUGUUAUUGUAUAAAGUGCAUAUGCCUAUUGUAUGCGGAUGCACAUGUGAAAACUGCUGUAUUAAACUGUACUAUGGUCCACAUUUGUACCGUACCUACUCUAUGUCCAAACCCAGUGCUUGGUCUGCUUGUUGAAAUUAUUGUGAAUGUUUUACACUAUCCAACAUCACAACAGUAAAGGCCAACUCACUCACGUCGAAUGUAUUUAGAAAAGACUAUCAGGGUUCCAGUACAGUGUCCGAUUGGCUCAUAUGUCAACUGAACCAUACAUGUCCUCUUAAUGGUAGAUGUGCAAAUUACUUCCUGCAUAACUACUCUGCUAUAAUAGUAGGUAGACCUGUUUGUCUGCACUAAAGAAAACACAAAUGUGGCCAAGAUAUGUACUUAUAGAACAGUUUCUUCUAUUUCUCUGCUUUUAUCACCACCGCUACAAUACAGGCUGUUGUAUGCUCUGUGUCAACCUCUACCUAUAGCUAUCUUUGCUAGCUGCUACAUGUGUGUAAGAAACUGUUGGUCUUUGUGGAGUCAUGUUUAUAGGUUGCAUUUGAGACCCAUAUAUUCUGUUUAUACAUAUUUAUUUAUACCCACCGUCUUUCUUUGUGAUAUGGUGUCUGCUGGGGGAAAUGCUCUUAGUGUCUUCUGAUUAAUAAAGUGUUUAGUAAUGUAA